AUGCGUUCUUUCAAAGUACUGGCCGGUUUGGCUCUUGCAUCAAGUACACUUGCACAAAAUGUCACAUACUGUCCGUCUGGCAAUGUAUGCUAUGCUGUCAACGUCCCAGAGACAACCGCAGCCAGCGGAUCCGGAGAUAUCUUCUUUCAGAUUAGUGGCCCAUCUACGAUGUCAUGGAUAGGCCUCGGCCAGGGCACUUCCAUGUCUGGAUCGAACAUCUUCAUGAUCUACGCAAACGCAGCUGGAAAUAAUGUCACAGUGUCACCAAGACUUGGUGUGGGCGAUAGAGAGCCGACCACAUCUGGAAGCACUUCCCAAAUAACCUUGCUCUCCGGUUCAGGAAUUUCCAAUGGGCAAAUAAUUGCAAACAUCAGAUGUAGCAACUGUAACAGCUGGUCGGGAGGCUCCAUGAGUUUGACUGAUUCAAGUUCAAAUUGGAUUUGGGCAUACAGAACUGGCGCUGCAGUAUCUUCUGACAGUCUUUCCGUCACGUUGCGUGAACACUCCAAUUAUGGAAGCACAUCCUUCAACCUCCAACAAGCAGCUGGUGGAAAUAGUGCCAAUCCAUUCGCGACAACGGUCGCUGCAACGACGCCAGGAACUUCAUCGGGGUCAUCGGGGUCAUCGGGGUCCUCAAGUGGCUAUGGACCGACCGAAACCUACAAGAAUGUGCGCAUGGCUCAUGCUAUUUUGGCACCUAUCGCUUUCGUCAUCUUCUAUCCUGUUGGGGCUAUCGGUAUUCGUGCCCUGAGCCUCAAGAACCUCGUGUACAUGCACGCUGGUUGGAUGAUGUUCACCUACCUUAUCGUCCUAGCUAGCAUGGGAAUGGGGGUAUGGAUUGCCGUUGUCUCAAGGCAACUUGACGCAACUCACUCCAUUAUCGGCCUCGUCGUCGUCGGCAGCUUACUGAUCCAACCUAUCACGGGCUUGACUCACCACUUACUCUACAAACGAGUUGGUCGCCCCAAUGCUGCAACCUAUCCUCACAUCUGGUGGGGUCGGGCUGUCGUUACUCUCGGUAUCAUCAACGGUGGUCUUGGUCUAAAACUAUCAGCCAAUACGAAGAGCGGGGAGAUCGCAUAUGGCGUUGUAGCGGGCGUCAUGUGGUGCAUCUGGAUGGCUGUCGUUGUCAUGGCUUUCCUGAGGAGCAGAAAUCCUAAUGGCGACGUGGGCCAAGGUGGCUUCAGACUUAGAGACAACGAUAGCAGUACCAGGAUGGCGGGACAGGCUGGUCAAAUGCAACGAGGCUUCAAUCCUGGGGAGAGACCUAUGUCUCAAGAGUCGACGGUUGUUGCCGAAAGCUUCUAUAGAGGUUGA